GCUGGUUGUUGGACUGUGGCGCAUGCGCAGUGCCGGGCGAAGGGCAAGAUGGCGGCGAGUAAAACCUUCGGCCAGAAGCCGGUGAAAUUCCAGCUGGAGGAGGCGGGAGAGUGGUACAUGAUCGGCUCAGAGGUUGGUAACUACCUGCGCAUGUUCAGGGGUUCCCUGUACAAAAGAUACCCAUCUCUGUGUCGCCGACUAGCCACAGUUGAAGAAAGAAAGAAGAUUGUAGCAUCCUCGCAUGAUCAUGGUUAUACCACUUUAGCUACCAGCGUGACGCUUCUUAAAGCUGCGGAGGUCGAGGAAAUCCUAGAGGGAAAUGAUGAAAAGUACAAAGCCAUCUCGAUCAGCACUGAACCACCUGCCUAUCUCAGAGAGCCCAAGGCAAAGCGCAAUAGUCAGUGGGUACCCACCCUGCCCAACAGCUCACAUCACUUGGAUGCUGUGCCCUGUUCUACAACCAUAAAUCGCAACCGUAUGAGCCGGGACAAGAAAAGGACAUUCCCACUCUGCUUUGAUGACCAUGACCCAGCAGUAAUCCAUGAAAAUGCAUCUCAGGCAGAGGUGCUUGUUCCUAUCCGCCUUGACAUGGAGAUAGAUGGACAGAAGCUGAGGGAUGCCUUCACAUGGAACAUGAAUGUCAGUUUCUCACCAACUUUUACAGAAAAGUUGAUGACCCCAGAGAUGUUUGCAGAGAUUUUGUGUGAUGACCUCGAUUUGAAUCCUUUGACCUUUGUCCCUGCCAUUGCCUCAGCAAUUCGCCAACAGAUUGACUCCUACCCAACAGACAGUAUACUAGAGGAUCAGUCUGAUCAGAGAGUCAUCAUUAAGCUGAACAUCCACGUGGGAAACAUUUCGCUGGUCGAUCAGUUUGAGUGGGACAUGUCCGAGAGGGAGAAUUCUCCUGAGAAGUUUGCUCUGAAGCUGUGUUCCGAGUUGGGUCUUGGAGGGGAGUUUGUUACUACCAUCGCCUACAGUAUCCGGGGUCAGCUUAGCUGGCAUCAGCGCACGUACGCCUUCAGUGAGAACCCUCUACCCACAGUUGAGAUUGCAAUCAGGAACACGGGAGAUGCUGACCAGUGGUGCCCCCUACUGGAAACACUGACUGAUGCUGAGAUGGAGAAGAAGAUUCGAGAUCAGGAUAGAAACACAAGGCGCAUGAGACGUCUUGCAAACACAGCUCCAGCUUGGUAACUGAAUGUUGAUCACCCACCUGGAUCAAAUAAUGAAGUUCCUUGCAAUCAAGGGCUAGUUCUGAGAGAAUAGACAUUCCCCACAGCGGCCUUGUCGCAGACCCCACACUGUGUAUAAGGACUGGUGCAGUAGUGUCAGUGCUCCUUAAGAUAACUCGGUCUUAUCCAGUUCCAAUCCCUGCAGUCAGUGCACAGGAAUCUUGCCUUAAUCUGUUUUUUGUAUAGGUGCAAAUUGCACUUCUGGAGAAAGGUUUUUUUAAAUAAAGUUCUUAAUUUUAAUAA